AUGAUCCUUGACUAUAAGACAUGGAACUCUGUCCACUGGAUGGAGACAUUUCUCCAUGUCUUCGUCCACUUCCAUAAGUUAUGGAAGUGGAUGGAGACAUGGAACUCCGGCCACUGGACAGAGACAUGUAUUGUAGCACAUAUAACUUCAGCAUUUGCAAUUUACUCUGGGCUCUUUUGGACUGCUCUUUCUGUUGUUAUGCUUGAGCCUCCUGCUAAAUCCGUAGCCUGGGUUCAAGGGGCAGCUAAAGUUAAGUGUCUGGCCCUUCCAGAAUUUGAAAAAUCCCCUGGAGUUGGGGAGAACCGUAGGAAAAGAGCCUUCCAUCUACCUCCCUUACACCUCCUACCAUCCUCCGAUGCUCUGACCACCGCCUCCGUCGUAUUCUUCCGCCGCCAUCCAGCAAUCUUUGUUGUAGUUGAAACUGGGCAUCUGUAUCAACAAAAUGCAGUGGAACAAGAUCUGAUGAGUGAAAAUAUUGAAUUGGUAUCCGCCUUCUGA